AAAUACCGAAAUUCACAUAAGUUGUAAAUAUAAAAAAAACAAUAAUUUACUGACAUUAAAUUGUUAUGUUUUACUACAUUUUUACAGAACUUAUUUGAAGGACGAAAAUGUUUUAUAUCAUAUACUUACACAGCUUAAUUUUUACUAUCAUGUAACUGUUAUUAGGUUAAACUUUAAAAAAUAAUUAAAUAAAAAUAAAAUAUUUAUUAGAUAUUAAUUACAGUUGAGAACAGUAAUGAAUCUUUAACGAUGCUCAAGAACUGUACACAAGUUCAAGUUGGACCAAAAUUUGAAAUUCAUACCGAAGAAUUGAAAAAAAGUUUACUAAAGAAAGAAGAUGAAGAAAGGAAUGAAAUAUUGAAGAGUUUCCACCAAAUGUUGAAAAACAAAUACAAGACAUACUUUUCCUACAUGAGGUCUUUUUUGUGGGAAGGCAAAAGGAACGAUUUUCCAUUAAAGGAUUAUUUCGAAGAACUGACUGUAAAUAAGGCAGAUUUAUUUGGGAAGAAAAGAGGAGAAAAGAUAAGUCUGAAUGAGAUAUUUUCCAUACAACAAGACGGACAUCAAACUAUUUUAUUUACAGGGGAUCCCGGUUAUGGCAAAUCAACUCUGUGCAAGAAAAUUGUGUACGAUUGGGCAAUCACGAAUUAUCUCAAACAUUUUGAUUUAACUUUUAUUGUAAUUUUAAGAGAAUUAGGUAAUAAAAGCGUGAAGGAUGCAUUACUCGAUGACAUACACGAAUACUCGCCAACUAAUAAGGAUUGGAAUCUACAGGACAUGCAGCUGAAUAUCUUGGUGUUUUUGGAUGGUUUCGACGAGAUUGUAGAUAAAUCUAAAAUUAUAAGAUUUAUAAGACAGGAAUCUUUUUAUAUUUCUCGUCGAAUGACGAUUGUGGUUACCAGUCGACCUCAAGCCGCAGAAGACAUCAGAGAAGACAUGAACAUGAGGUUUUCCAUAGAAGGGUUUUCUCCAGAAUAUCAAAAGAAAUAUAUUAAAUCAAUAUUUAGAGAAGAGGAGAGAAAAGCAAACGAACUGUUUUCUAAACUGUAUAAAGACGACUUUUAUGCAAAAUUAUCGAAAUGUCCUCUGAUGCUGCACAUGCUGUGUUGCCUUCAUCAGAGCGAACAAAUGAAAAAACUUGAUACGAUGACAGAUUUAUACAUUCGAGUAUUCUCUUUGAUAACUGAACGUUAUGUUAGAAAAACAAAUCAGAACGGUAAGUUUGAAAGAGGAAAAUAUUUUCUUGGAGAAAAUUUGCUACUGAAAUUAGGAGAAUUACAUACACACUCAAGCUCUAUCACAUCAGAACAAUUGAGGUGCUCUUUUCCUAAAGAAGAUGAAUACAAUUUUGUUAUGGGUCUGGACAUUCUUACUCUGGAUUCCUUUUCUCAAUACGAUAAUAUAAUUCGAUACAGUUUUGUACAUCGCACAUUCGGCGAAUUUCUGUCAGCUUUAUUUAUGUAUAUCGGAAUUGUUUCAUUUCCAGAUAAUAUUGAAGAAACGGAGUUAUUAUUUUUAUUAGGAUUUUAUAAUGAUAAUCCUUUACCCAAAAAGGUCUUAACAUAUAUAGAAGGGAAAAUGUUUUCUCUUAAAUUCCUGUUUCGCGCUCAUAAAGAAAUCAAACUUAAAAGAAAUUGGGAACAAUUCUGUUGUAAUGCCAAAGUAAUUAUUCGUUAUUGGAACUGUUUUUGUUAUCUCCCAAGGUUAUUGGAGCGGUAUGAAUUCACAACGUUAUAUUUUCAUUUCAGUGAGCCAUUUGUGUUUAUUUGGAAAGAACUGGAUGACAACACUGAGUAUGACCCUCUGUUCUGUUUAAUCAGGUAUACUUUAAAAAAUAAGACGAAGAUGUACGUUCUCCUCACACUUGAGGAGAACGUACAUCUUGAGAUUACGUUUACAAGAAAUGUAUACGAUAUCAGAGAAACUGUUUCACACAUGAUCGAUUUCAUUAAUGUAAUGACCACAAAAAACUUGGACAUUUUUCUUAUUGGAUUAAUAUCGCGUACGUCUACAGAAAUCAGUAGAUUCACGAAUGUAAAACUCAAUUUGAAUUUGUCUGACGACCAGCUGAAAUUAUUAAAAGUCAGUAAAAAUGAAGAAUUGGUUGCAUUGGAAGUUGAAGUAUUCCGAGGAAUUUCUGACAGAUAUGUUAUUUCUUUGGAGCAAUACGAAACUUUACGUGAUCGUAUCGUACUUAAAUCUGCGAGUACAUAAAAUUCACAAUGUGUGAUGAUGUAGACGAGUGUAAAAUAAAUGACAGAGUAUUGAAAUAACAAAAUA